CGCUUUCGUCAUGUUACAUGAACGGGUAACGAAAGCCCGGCAUAACUUAAAAGCCUGGCUGUUAUUAUUUUGCAUUUGUAGCUGUUGUGAUAAAUCUAAGGAAGGAAGCUGUUGUUCUACCCAUAAUGAAUUUCCUUAAGUCUCACUUGCGUGGAAUAUUUUAUCCUCCGGGAACAACUCCUUUAAAUUGGAGACUAUUCUCCAUCGUUUUCUUAUCUUCGGUAAGUAAUUAUUUUAUCUUUCCUUUAACUUUUCUAUCGCAACGCGCGAUUUUCCAUAAUUAUCCUGAGAGCUUACCGUAGUGUAUUUAAGAAGACAAUAGGAGACUCAAACAAUGCGGGAGUUAGCCAUUUCCAGCACUGUAAAACAGAUCUAACGCAGAUUAAUCAAAUAAGGAGAUAAAUUUUUAAUGAAACUCAGUGGUGCUGCGUCGGUAGGGGUAUUUCAAGAUGACAUGGUUUUAUCAUCUGAGUUGAUUCUGCAAAUUGGCCACCGUAAAGAUUUUCCAAAGCUGAUGUUUCGAGCUUUAGCCCUUUAUCAGAGCAAAACAGUACUGUUUUCUGUGUAGUAGUAGUUAGUUUUCUGUGUAGGUUACACCGGUUACGCAAUAUGUUCGUCUGACAAGGGGCAGUGUUGUUGAGGUCUAGUUCAUUUGGUUUAGCGCUGAUGUAUUAACUGUCAGACCUUGAUAUUGCUCAAACGAUGCUGGAGAAAUAAAUUCCGCAAGCAAAAGCUAGAGCGGACGUAAAGAACGUAAGAGCCACUGCUGAUGAUCAAGAUGGGAACGCUUUAAAAUUUUUUUGUUGUACUGUCGCUGAUUGGCACGUGAGCAUUCACGUGAAGGAGCACACGAUGAUCAAUUUACAUAAGAGAGCGAGACUAGAAGUUGCAGCUAGAAUUGUUGCAACUCUGGCAGACUGAUGGAUGAUCCAUUACUUAACUUUAUUAUUGUAAAAUUGGAACACUGCAUGCGUUGAACAAAACGCUGUAAAACUGAGCUUGGGAUUCCGGAGAAUGUCACCUAGGAUAUAGCUCACUGGCUGAGUCAUUAAAGUUGAAAAAAUUCGAUCUCGUAAUUGUGCCUGGAGGUUGUUCUUAGUUCAUUUUAAGAAACCAGAUAUCAGUCAGAAUAAGCCGCUCAAAGUUCUUAUCGAGAAAAGUACAAUAAAUAGCCACGGAAACUUGAAAAAAACUUGGAAUUUCGGAGCUUCGAUCAAGUUAAGUUAAUUUGUAAUGGAUUCUAUAUGCUUGGGCUGAGCUACCCACAAAUGCUAUCCAUAUUUCCUUCACAAGUUGCAUCUUUAACCUCUCUUUGAUUUAUGCUUUGAAUGAUGAUGCUAUUCACAGUUUCAUAGAAGGACAGCCCUCAGGGAAGCUGGCAAUGUUACCUAUAUGCAGCUAGAUAUUCUUAGCUGAGAACCAAAUACGAAUUCUUUUCAAUGCAUAAGUUCUUAUGUGUUAGAGGCAUAGCCUCCUGUGUUAGAGGUUGUUGACUUAGAUCAAGAAGGGAACAGUGUGGUCCAAAUUGAGUGAAUUAAGACACUUUUAACUUGUAAUUAAAUUGAAAAGUGCUAGAAGAGAUCAGAGGUGAAAAUCGAGACACUUCUGUUAAUUAAUUACUAUUAAUAAUAUUCCCAUUCAGGUGAAAACGAAAGGGAAAAUUUUGUGUGCCAUGUCCAAUUUUUAAAUGUGCCUCACUUGCAAAUAAGCUUUGCCCUUGAGGAAGUGGAACAUCGAGGUGCAAAUAAUAUAAGAAGUGCUAUGGUGCAUUAAUACAAGUAAUUACAAUUAUAUUUUCUUGACACAAAAGGAAUUCAACAAUUAUGAUGAAUGUUGUUUUAUUUUCAGUUUUGUUCUGCAAUGUCCAUCACCAUAUUGUUUCCAUUUUUACCAGCUAUGGUAAAGGUGAGAUGAAAUUAUGAUCAAUGCUCAAUUUUAAGAAAUGUGUCAGCAGGCUGUAUAAUUAUGGGGAAGGAAGCUUGAUUAUUGAACCCACAAAAAGUUAAUUAACUCAUCAUGGUUUUUAAAACACCAAUGAAAAAUGUCUGUUUUGUACUUGAUGUCUAAGAUAUUGUCAUUAAUCAAAGAUUUGUCAUGUGUCUGUUUUUUUUGUUUUAUUUUUUUUGUCAGAGCUUUGGGAUCUCAGAUGAAGACACAGGUACUAUGUGGUUGCAUAAUAAUUAUUUCUAUACUUUCUAUAAAGUUUUUGUUUAGUUACUAACUAAAGAUAUGAAAUGCCAGGCUGACACUGGCCAUAGUCAUUGCUUUUUUAGUAUUUGAUAUACAUGAUAUGGUUUGAUAGUUAUACUGAUUAUGAAAUAACUGACUUGAUCUCUAUUUAAUUAAUUUUGUUCUUUACCAUGUGCUCCAUCCAAUUUACAUCAAGGACAAGUUGCUUCCUUUCCUUAUAUUUAUAUGUAAAUUAUAUAGUUGACAAUUCACAAAGGAUCACUGAAUACCAGUGCUAAUCGAUAGAAGCCUCAAUAAUAAAUUUACUGACUAUUGUGUCCACUUUUCAUAAGUUCUCAGCAAUAUUCAGUUAUUUCCGCAUUUUAAAAAGAAAAAAUUUAACAAAAGUAUUUGAUAACAAUUUCCAUUUAUUUCUUUCCUUUCUAGGAUACUAUGCAGGUGUUGUAGCAUCUUCAAUGUUUAUUGGACGCACUGCAGCUUGGUAAUUGCAGAGAAAAUUUUAUUUGAUAAGUAAAAUCUUAGAUCCAGGCUGACAUGUGAUAUAGUAACUUAACAUGGCAGUUCUAGAUGUUACAAAUAAUUUAUAAUCAUUGAAAGAUUUCCAGUAAAUGUGCACCUUGGGGGCCAGGUAUGUUCCUAAAGAUUCUAUUCUAAACUUAAUGAAUAAAGAAACUUUAACACAAGACACAUCAAUUGCAGUGGUGUACAUUGAUUUUAUUUUCGAGAGUGUUGAUGUACAAGGCACAGCAGCUAUGGACCAGCAAACAUUUCUAACCAAAAUUUACUUGCUCCCUUUCAGUUAUUUUUGGGGAUUAAUGACAGAUAGAUUUGGAAGAAGGCCUGUGAUGAUGAUCUGCCUUACAAUGACCCUGGUUGGCAUGGUUUGCUUUGGUCUGUCUGUCUCUCUCUACAUGGCCAUCAUUACCAGACUAUUUGUUGGACUAUCUGCUGGUAAGUGUGGUUAUUGCACAUUAUUCAUACUUUACGGUGAUGAUCAUUUUAGCGGCAUUACUAAUUGAUAUUAAGGUUUUGUAACUAAGGAAAAGUGACAGGAAACUGAAGUGAAAAGCCUAGGAUUUUGAAGAUUAUAUUAAAGGGCUGAGGGUUUGGUGGAAAAAAUUUUUGACUUGGAUAGUAGGCUUGUUAGUUGAAGAACGUUGAAUGUUAAUACAUUUUUCUUUAAACUUAGAUGAUCUUUUUGUGAUUCACUUCAGGAAUUGUAGGGACAUGCAAGACAAUUGCUUCAGAAGUCAGUGAUAAUACAAAUCAGGUGAGUUAACUUUAUUAUGAUUGCAUGUGUGCUUGUUUUGUGAGGUGACAAUCACAAGCAAUGCAGGUGAAGUUAUUUGUUAUUUUAUAUAGUUUUAAGAUCUUACUAGCUAAUGUUAUGUGCACUGAAGUGGUGCUUGAGAACUUAAAUUCUUAUUAAUCCUGGACUACAGAUGGUCAAAUGAACAAAUUUUGAAGUGAAGGAGCCCAAAGGUGGUACUGAUUGUCAUUUUUGAACAAUAUUCAGGUCAGAGGGGUAUCCCUGUUGGGAGGUACCUGGGGUAGUGGCAUCCUGGUCUUGAAAAUUUUGGACAUUUAGAUAGCUCUGUUGUAUGUCAUUUGGAGCAUUGUGGGACAAUUAAACUUGAUGAACAAGUCCCUGGCUUCCUAACUUUCUGUACUCCUAUGGCAUUGCAAGAAUAUUUGUGAAAUAGUGAACAAAUUGGAGACCAAAAUUGGCCUUUGAAAUCAUUUAACAGAACAUUUUAGCAUACAGGACAGAAAGACUACAUACAGAAAGUGCAAUUUAUUACCCUUUGGUGCGGAUUGAUUUUGGCACCCCUAUUUUCUAGGUUGCUGUGUUCUUAAAUACAGUUUCAACCCACACAGUAUUUAGUGUUGAAUUUUCACUCAUUGUGUCUGAUUUGUUUCAUUAGGCAAUGGCAAUGUCAAUUAUACUGACAUCUUGGAAUGUGGGACUCAUCAUUGGUCCAGCUAUAGGGGGUAAGAAAAUGCUCCAUGUACUCAUGGACACCAAAACUAAAUGAUCAGCCAAAACAAAGAAUGUCUUAGAAUGCAAAACAGCACAAUGCUGACAGGAAUUAGAAUAAUUUCCAUUGUUGGUUGGUAUUCUGAAAGUUAAUUAUCUAUACAGCUGUAACUGAAGAGAUGUAUUGAAUAAAGUACCUUGCAUGCUUAACUGAGCUUCUUCUUUAUGUGUUUCACAAGGGAGUGUAAGACUAUUUGGAAGGAGAGUCUUGGAGUCUUUCAGAAAUCUAUUUGGGCUUUUUUCCAUGCACCUUUUCAGUUAUUGAUUUGUAAAAAUGACUUGUUAUUUAUUUUAAAUGUUAUUUACUAUUUCAAAUGUUGAAUAAAUUUUAAAUGAUUAACAAAUGUCAUUUCUAAUUGCAGGUUAUCUUGCAGAGGCAUCACAAAAAUAUCCCAGUGUUUUUACAAAAGGUUUGUUAGAGUGUAGUGUAUAAGAUUCCACUGAAAGAGGAACAUUAUAAGCCCAGCUAGGGAAUAAAAUUUUUCUUUCAUGGUUUAUAUGUUUUAAUUGUUUUUGUUUUGUGAUAUUAGUUCUUAUCAGAAUGUCUUUUAUAUGGUAGAGUGUUGUCACUUUGCAAGAACAGCUUUUAACAAAUAACUAAAGUCACACCUUUAUUAGGCAGCAUCAUAUUAAGUGGUCACUAUGAGUGGUCAGUCAUCAAAGUCCUGACUUUGAUUCCCUAAAUCACUCAGUAUUAACCUUUUAACUCUUAAGAUCUCAUUAGUAAUUCUCCUUACUAUCUGCCAUACAGUUCUUUUGGUGUUUGUUUGAAGAAUUUGGUACUGGAUAAACUUAUAAUCCCUUAAUUGAUAUUUUUCUUUAUUCUCAACAUUUGUUUGCUUGUCAUAUUGCAUUGAUAUUAUAAGGAGAAAUUCUGUCUUGGUCACUCAUGGGAGUUAAAGGGUUAAUAAUUUUGACCUCUGUUAAGCCUUUAGGUCACCUUAAUGUGAGUCCCAAGGGCCUGUUUGUAGUGUUUUCCACCUGUAUUGAGCAGUCACUGAAAGUGGAAAUGCUCAAAGAAAAUCAAGAAUAACAAUAAAUCAUAAGAACAUUUCAUGGCCUCAGCUUAUGCAUUUCUGUUCAAACAUAUUUCUUUUUUCAGAUUCACUAUUCGAUAAAUUCCCAUUUUUCCUACCCUGCCUGUUAAAUUGCGCAGCACUCUUACUUACAGUUGUGUUAGCCUACUUCUACCUACCAGAGACUCUUGUUACAAGGUUGGUAAUCUUGCAAUUUUUAGCUGGUUAAAUACAAUAUAGGCUCUGAACAACCAGCUGUUGUACAGGAAAUGAGCUUACGAUCAGGCUUUUAUUCAGCACCCUUAAGUCAGAGAGCACAUUUAGUUGUUUAACUCUCUCACUUCCAAGAUCUCAUUAGUAAUUCUAAUAAUUGUCUUAUAUACAAUUAUUAUGAUGUUAGUUUGUAGAAUUUGGUACUGGAUCAGCUAAUAAUUCCCUUGUUGACUUUUUUCUCUAUUCUCAUCACUUGUCUGUGUAACUAUAUAGUGACCAUUACAUUGAUAUUGUAUGGAGAGACUGUGUGGGUUGCUCAUGGAAGUGAAAGGGUUAUUGUCUACUUCCUCUCAUUACUUUUUCUCUUGUCCUCAUUCAUUAUUGAUUUUAUUAAUUCUGUUGGUUUGUUGAAAGUCAUGAAUUAAAUUUUGUACCAUUAUUAGACCAUCAUAGAUUUUUCAAUUUUUUUUUGCUACUCAGUGAUGAUGAGACAUCAUCAAGCGGUUCAGAAACUGGUGAAUUGGCCAUGCAAAGCACAGCUUCCAACAGUUUAAUUGAUGAAGAUGAUGAAAAUAGCUGCACAAAAAAAAAUAGUCUGGAAGAAACAGAGGAAGUAGAAAUAUUCAUCAAUGAUGUGAACAAAGAGGAUAUUGACAAUAAUGGAAACUGUUGUGGUUUUAAGAGUUGCUGUUGUCCAAGAUAUAGAUGUUGUAAAUUCUUCAGAGACAGUAAAAUUGCUGUUUUAUUGAGGUAUUACCAAUUUCCAGAGAACUCAUGUUGUUUCAGGAUAUUUUCAGAAUACUUUUUACUGUUGUACAGUGUUGAUUAUGCAGUUAUAUAAGAAAGGAAUGAAUUAAUGCACAUUUUACAUUUUUUUGUAGUUCAUGGAAUGUGCAGUUUACAUAUUGGGUUUAAACAAUGCUUUAUACAAUCCCUCAAGUGUUGUUUGAAUUUGAUUUCCUUGUUCUCUGUUUUCAGGGAUCGUGUUGUAACCCUUGCCAUUUGUGUGUAUUGUACACUUUCAUUCGUUGUCAUUGGUUAUGAUGAGUUGUUUUCUUUGUGGGCUGCCACAGGACCUGAACAUGGUAAGGUGUUUGUUCUUAAAUAUAAGUUUGCAUGAAUCACAUUUUGAAAUUUUGACCAUACUGUAAAAUCCCUCUUUUAUAAAAUAUGCAAGUAUAUUUAGCCCUUAUUUAUAAAUUAAGGCUUGAAUCCUACUGAUGACAAAAUACAUUUGGCUUUCAAAGAUUGUUUUUUCUAAAUGUGAAAAAUGAAGUAUAUUCGAGUGAUGUACAUGUAGAGCGUGAUCUACUUUUAUGAUGGUAAAGGGAUGCAUCAGUAGCCCCAUUCAACCAUCCAUUUUGGCCAGAGUUACCUUAUAAUCAUACUGAAUUGAAGUUCCUUUUUAAAUUGGUGGUGAGUGCAUUUGGAAAUCAUACCCCACCCCUCACCCUUCCCAAAAAGAUUGAUUUCGAAAAAAAAAGAAAAAAAAGGCAUAAAGCUGCUGAUGGUCAGCUUAUUUGCAUCCAAACAGGCCCUUCACACAGCAAUUAGUCAAUCCUGCACUAACCUUAGUGUUAUGUGUUAUUUACACAGGUGGACUUGGCUUUUCUACAGACCAGAUAGGCACUGCAUUACUGUGUGUAGCAGGACCUAUGUUAGUUCUUCAGUUAUGGUUAUAUCCAAAGGUAAAUGUUCAGGCCUUGGUCACUUGAAGGAUGGAUAAUGCUAUCCACUGAGUAAAUCUCUAUCCAGUGGAUAGUUCCUCAGGAAGUGUUGUUAACUCUUAUGUGCUGAAUAGCAUAUCCAUCUUUUGAAAAACUAGGCAAAAAUGUUUGUUUAUUACUGUGAUUGGCUAUACACAUGGUUUUGAAACACAUGAAUUAUUACAUAUGUGUAUUGAUUUGCCCUUUUUCUUGACUUCUUCCUUUUAGCUUGAAAGGCGUCUUGGAUCAAUCAGGGUAAUGCAAGUUGUUUUAAUGUCAUGUUUGCAUUUGUUUGAUUAUUUACCAAACAUCAUACCUGUUUUCACAAAUAGAUGAGAAUGUGUGGAAUUUCCUGAUUAAUUGUUGGAUUUGCUCACAGGUUUUUCAAUUGGCAAAUAUUGUCUUGGGAAUCACAAUUACUUCUUUGUCAGCCUUGAACACCCUACAUGACAGGUUAGUUCCAAAGUAAUGACCAUGUUGAUGUAGAGUACAAUAGAAAACAGUAAUAGUUGAUGAAAGUUGCUAAUGGCAAAAAGAAAGUAAUGUAGCCAAGGGGCUUUUAUAAAUCUGUUUCUUAGUUCGUCUUAGGAGACCAAGGGGGUUGUAUUUAAAACACAAUAUGGAGAAAAGUGAAGAGGAAGAAUGCUGAAGAAAAAUUAGUAGAUAAAAAGUCUCUAAAGAGAAGAAGAUCUUUCCUAAAGGCAAAUUUUAUGAAAAGUAUGAACUAAAAAGGAGGGGUCAGGAUUGAGAUGGCUCAAACAUCACAAUCAACCUUCAUUGACAUCUACUAAAUGAUCUUCUCCAACCUCGUUACAGGUCAAAAGUUCUCUGGCCAUUGAUGAUUGUUGUUCUCAUUCCACUGAGGAUGGGUAUUGGUUGUGGCUUUAGCUCCACAGGAAUCCUUGUCAACAAUGCGGUACCUGCUUACCUCUUAGGCUCUGCAAAUGGACUUGCGAUGACAGCAAGUUCCAUAUCCAGGUAGGUGCAUCUAAAAUAUCUUAUUUCUACUGAAAUGAUUACCUCCCUAAGAUAUUCGAGGCACUUUGAGGGAGAAGGAUUAGGCAUUGGUUUAAUACCUUUCCUCAUAUUGUGUGGCACUGAUUGUUUUUUUAAGACCUUGAGUAACAACUGAUUAGUUCCGCUCUUUGCUGUCCGUGUUUUUCUUUGGGUUCUCUUGUGUGAUUAAAACUCACCUUUCUUCGACAUGCAUCUCUUAGCUAAUUGUUUUACUUGUAACUCUCCCAUAUUAGCUUAGUCAACAAAUUUUAUUUGUAUUUAGUUCAUUUUAGGGUGGCUCAAAAUGGUUUGUCUACAAAGGGGUUUCGUGCAAACUUUAAUUUGUCGAAAAAGUAAUGUAGCUCUGAACGUACAUUUGCAGAAAGAUGACUUUUGACACACUGGUUGUAAUUCCAUGAUAACAUGGAGAUCACCACAUUUUUUUAGUCAUAGACCCAUAAUGUUAACAUUAUGGUUGUUUUUAAUUGGCUACAGCGUGGCAUGGUAAUCUACAACAUGUUGUUUUGAAAAACAAUAUAUACGCUUUUCAAGGCAACUAAGUUGUAGUCAGGUUUAUUGCGUUCUUUCUCUGUCAGAACCCUAGCUCCACUUGUUGCUGGAAGUGCGUUUGCCUGGUCGAUAAGUAAGGGCUACAAACACGGAUUCCCGCUUGAUGAACACUUCGCUUUCAUAUUGCUUUCCAUCGUGUGUUUCCUGGCUGUUCUGCUGAGCUGUACUCUUCCCAAGAGACUGAACAUGAGACCGUCAGCGCCAGUGAAAGUAUGAAGACAGAAGCCCGCAUUCUCUUUCCCAUCAUUCAGUGUGCACACUGUAAAGAAAAGGGAGGGGCGGCAACACAAUGACAGCACGCUUGGCGCAACGUCAUAUUUAUGCCACUCAGGCAUUCAAGACUACCAGAAUGGAAGUAGCCUUAUCUUUUGGAAGGAUCUGCACGCUGUUUUUAGAGGAAAUGACAGAUGGAUUAGAAGAAGAAAAAUUGAUUGACGUAAAUUACAACUCAGGUUUGAAAACGCUGGGUUAAAGUUUAAAGAUGCAAAAACUCUGGGCUCCUUUAAAACUAGAAUAACCUUAAUAGGACUUAAUCAAAAACUCGUCAAUUUUAUGGUCUAUUUUUUAUUGUGGUACUUACAUCUAUUUGUUUGGUGUUGUUCUCGUUCUUGAUGAGGGACGAAUAGAAAAACGGUUAUUUAUAUAUGUAUGCUUGAAUGAAAAAAUUUUAUAAAGCUCGGGUGGUUUGGCGACAAUGAUAUGCAAACAACACUUCAAUUUGUUUAGCUAGCAUGUAUGUUAUUAAUUUAUUACGGAAAUUCACCCACUAGUUGUCUGAGGUAUUUAAUAUAUUGUUCAGAAAUAACGAUAACAUCCAUCGUCAAUCUAUUAAACGCCCUAGAUCUUAAUCUACAGCGUUAUGGUACGUAAGUCUUUGAUAAAGGGCAAUGUUCAGUUGAGAGUCUAAUCCAGGAUUAAAUAAUAUGGAAACUUUCAUUAUCAUUUCAACUAAUCACGUGAUACACUUGUCGUAGUCGUGGUUAACACAAGCGUAUUUCAUGUUUUCAUUGGCUCUUUUAUUGCUUAUUUAUUUUUCUAUUUUUUUUUUCAAUCGAAAAUCGUCCUAUUUGGCCGACUUGAUUUGAAUCUAAGCAUUCAAGACGUCAAAUAAUUUUAUUAAAAAUAUUUCGUUUGCCAUUAGCUUAUUUGGUAGAAGUUGAUGUACUUACACAUUUACACUUGAAAAAAUGAGCUAAAUUUAAUACAAUUAUACUUUUAAUUUAUUUAUAAUUUAGCAAAAUAUUUUGACUAUUUUUUAGCAUGCACAUUAGUAUGGAGCACUGAAAUGCUUCUGCUUUUGUCGGUGUGUCUCGUGGUGGGAUCUGAUCUAAAUUUAUCAAUAAGAGAUAAUUAGGAAAAUUUUUUAAAUUAUCAAAGAGGUAAUAUAUA